AUGAAUGACAGAAAAUUGAUUAAAAAACAAACUUUUUUAAUUUGUGCAAAAAGAAAAAAACGAUGGGAAUUACUUCAGAAAAAUCUAAAAAAAAUCAAUUACGAUUUAAUUGAAAGACAAAUUGAAACAUGAGAACAAUUUUCACAUAACGUCAACGUCAACGACAACGACAUUGAGGCCGCUUUAUUUAUUUGCUUGCAGUUUACAUUUUAUUGCCUAGAGAUAUUCAUAGUAUAGCCAGCCACAACUACGACGACGGCAACAACAACAAAAUGGAUGCACUAAGUGAUAUAUUGGCGCCUUACAGUGAUGACAUUGCCAAAUUUGCCGGUUCCGUAACAUGCCUGCAAUUUUUAUCCGGUGUUUUUCUGCUCAACGAUAUUCGCAAAAAGAAAAGCAGUGACACAUAUCCAGCGGAUCCAUUCCUGGGCGGUAUUGUUUUAACAAUACUGAGUCUGAAAAUGGGCGCACUAAUGGGUGACGAGGCAAUGAUCAAAGUCAAUGUAAUUGGUUUUGCCAUUAACGUCAUCUUCAUGGUCGUGUUCUAUUGGUAUGCCUCAGAGGCGGGUCGAUCGAAAAUCUGGUCUAAAAUUGGCAUGUAUUUCACAUUUACAUUGGGUUGCCUGGCGUAUGCCAACUUUGAAGAUCCCGCCAAAAUCGAAUUCCGCUUCGGUAUGUUAAUCACCGCCAUUCUAGUAAUGCUUGUGGGUAUGCCGCUUUUGAAUUUGGGUAAAAUCAUUGAAACCAAGAGCACUGAAGGUCUACCAUUCCCCCUGAUAUUGUCGGGUACAAUUGUGGCUGCUUCAUGGGCUGCCUAUGGCAUUUCAAUCCGCAAUCAAAUUGUGGCGUAUCAAAAUUUGUUCUUAUUCUUCUUGAGUUUUGUACAACUGUCAUUGUUCGCCAUCUAUCCCACGAAUCCAACAGAGCAAAAGAAACCGGCCGAUGAUGGAACGCCAUAUAAAAAAUUGACAUCAAACAACAGUCCAUCCAAAUCAAAAGCUAACAAGAAACGUGAUUAAAAACUACAACAAAUAAAUGGCACAUUGCACAAAAGAGCUUUGCUUUGCUACUUUAAUAACAACAAUUUAAAGAAAUAAUCAAAAAACAUAAAAAGCUUUAACUUUAAAUUCAAAUCAUAAGUGCAUAACUUUUUGACAAUAAUAAAACAUCUUCCAAUAACGUAUAACGAUAAACAUAUUUACUCUAUUUUUUUAAACAUUAUUUCACAUAUCUACUGUAAUCGUUGUUAUUUAGUAUAAUGUAAUAAUUAUUAUUACAAUUGUUGUUGUUUAUCAUUUCUAUUAGCAAUAAAAUUGUAAGUAAAAUAUUUAAAAAUAUGAAAUAACUCUCACAAAAAAAACACUUUGUAAACAUACUAAAUGCCCAUAUAUUUCGGCAACUAUAUAUUGUCGAAAGAAAUAAAAUUAAGAGCUUAUUACAAAAACAAA